AUGGCUUCUUCACAAGCACAACAAGUAACUAAACAAGGCCUUGAAAGAAGUCGCCUUUCUCUUGUAAUACAUAAUGUAAAUACACAAAUUGACGACAAAGAUAUUGAGAAAAUAAUUAUGAGUAAAAUCGGCAAACCAUUACCCAAAAUCGAGUCAGGUAAUAUUUAUGUAGUGAAUGGUCGGACUUUGAGAAAGAUUUUUCUAAAUUUUAAACAAGAAGCAAAAUUAAAUGAAUUGAUGAAGAGUAGACCGAUUAAAUAUGGUAAUGAAGAACUAAUAAUAUCGCGACAUAAUCCAAAGAAUAUUCCAUUGUCUGGCAUAAUAACUUGUGCUUUAUUAUUGAAAAUAUCAAAAACUUUAGAUGACUAUGGAUUGGAAAAGAAACUUGCUGAAUCUGAUAUAAACAAGUAUUUCGGAAAAUUCGAUAAAGUUAUUUAUUGCCAAUGGCUAAAUGAGUAUGAAGCAAUUCUUCAAUUCAAUUCUUAUGAUAUUGUUGAUCAAAUUAUUUUAAGUGAUAUAUCACAUGUAAUCAAUGGAAUCAAUGUUCAUAUUGAAAAAACUCGAGAAAUUCAAAAAAAGAACAUGAUUGAAAUUGCUCAACAUCCCUAUUGUAUUCAUGUAACUAAUAUACCUAAUGAUGUAACAAGUGAAGAAUUAUCUUCAAUCUUCGAUGUUCCAGUUGCCCAUAUUGUUUUACAACCAGGAUGUCAACUUAAUCAACAUUUAGUAUCGAAUGAUCAAUUAAAUAGUGAAGCCUGGAUAAAACUUAUCGGUAAUGAAAAGCAAACAAGAGACUUGGCUAUUAAAAUAUCAAAUAAAAAUUUACGUGACUUUGAAAUGCAUUUUGAUGUUAUUCCGGAACCAUUCUACAUGUUUGAAUUGUGCCGAGAGUUUGAAAAAGGACUAUGCCGAUUUUCUUCUAAAGACUGUCAUUAUAAACAUAUUACGUGUGAUGAGCCGGACAAUUGUAAAAAUAAAGACUGUCACUGUGGUCACAGUAGAAAAAGACAAAUAACAUCGAACAGACAAACUCAAAAUUGCAAAAAGAAUCUUUAUCGUGUAAGAAUUAGCAAUCUUCCAUCGACAACGACCGAAGAACAAUUAAAGACACGGUUAAAUAUAUCAGACGCACAGACUUCAAAUAUUAUUUUACCAAAAGAUCGAAAUAGGAAUGCAUUAAUAGUUGCAUAUUUCAUUUGUCAGCCAUCGGAAAAAUAUCUUAGAAGUAAAAUUCAUCAAUGGCAUAAUAGUCAAUACUCAGCAUACGUAUCAAAUAAAAUAAAAUGUCAACUAGAGAUCAAUGGAGAUUUGUACGAUUGGGAUGAUAAAACCGAUAUUAUAGAAAAAUGGAUUCGAAAUCAAAAUGUAUCAUCAAUGCGGAUCACAACUCAUAAUAAUAAAACAAAUAGAACUAAAUACCCACCAUGGUAUCCAGGUGAAAAAGAAUCAUCUUCUACUUUAUCCCAUAGUGAACAAUUGAAUAGUAAUGAUCCAAAAUGCAUAGAUUGGAAUAUGGAAACAUCAACGGAGAAAAAUUUACUAAAAAGCAACACCUCAAAAUUAGUUGGUAUUAAAGAAUUUCCAGCUGAAUGGCGACCAGCAAAGGAAAUUCUCUCAAAGGAUCCUAUGGGUAUAGGCAUCACAUAUUCUCUAAUUAAUAGAAGAAAUUCAGAAAUAAAGGCAACCAUCAAAAUCUAUAGCAAUGACUAUGAACAAUCUCUAAUUCGAUCAUUUGCGCAACACCAACAAACCGUUUUAAAAGAGAUUGAAGGGCUUAACGGAGUACCGAAAAUUAUCGAUGCAAAUGUGAAUAAUACAAAAAAUAAUACUCCUUGGAUUAUCAUGGGAAAUGUCGAAGGUGUUACUCUACAUGAUUUUAUCCCAACAACAUCCAUAGAUCUUCAUAAUGCAUUAAUAAUUACAUUGAAACUUCUUCAUACUGUCAAACAAAUAAAUCGUCGCAAUGUUAUUCAUCGUAAUAUUAAUCCUCAUAAUAUAAUAAUAGAUACAUCAUCGAUUAAAGAAAACAACCAAAACCAGUCAUCUUUUGAGAAUAUCAACUUAGUGCUAAUCGAUUUCGAUUUAGCUUAUAUUGAUCAACAAACCAAUGAGCAUAAUCAAAAAAUGGGCGGAAUGUUUUAUUCAGAUAGUAUCGAUUUGAUUAACCCUCUUAAGUGUAAAAAGCCUCAAUCAAAUCAGAUAUUUUAUCGAGUUCCACAAAUCGAGAAACGAUCAAUGAUAAAUCAUAUCGUUAAAAACGAACAAGAUGAUAAUUUAUGUCGCAGUUCAACUAUUGAUACAAGCCAUAUAGGUGCUAUUCUUUUCUGGUUAAUUACAAAAUCCUAUCCAAGAGAAUCGAGAGAUAUUGAUGAAAAAGCACCACAUGAAAAAAACCAUCAUAUUCGUAUUAUUGAAGAAGAACUAACUAGAGCAUCAGGAGUAUGGAAAGGAAAAGAAAAGCGCCAUCCAUUAGAACAACAUCUCUAUUUGAUAUUUGAUCGUGCUUUUGCAAAUCCUGAUAAGCAAUGGCCCAUUGAAGAACUGGAAUAUCAACUUGAACUUACACUUCAAUUGACAAAGAAAACUAAUGAAGAAGAAGAAGAAGAAUAUAGUUUACCUUCAAUGUCAUUCAAAAACGAGCAAAAAGAAUCAUUAUCAAAUAUUCCGAUUCUAACGAUUGGGUCUAGUCUUCAACUAGCUUUGUUCAUUGACUCAAUUAAAAGGCAAGUUGAACAAUACUAUGAUACUCUUCAUUGGUCAAACAGUGAAAUAAAUGAAUGGUCAAUUAAAGGUCAACAAGUUAAACAUCAUGAUAUACUUCAUUUUCAAAAACAACAAUAUAAAACUUCUUUAGAAAUAGAAUGGAAUGCAAUAAUUAACGACAAAAAAAAACUUGAUAUGAACAUCAAGACUAAGGUUAAUCAAAACACUGUUAUUGAUUUACCAUUAGGUGUCUGGCAACAAUAUAAUACCGAUAAUAUUAACAAUGAUAUACGGAAAAAUGUUCUUAUUGAAUUAAAGAAUUUAGUUGAUGUUUUAUAUUAUAAGAAAAAUAUCUUAUCAGUUUAA